AUGUAUACCUGUUGUGCGCAUCACUCGUUCCGCGCGGCUCCUCGCUUUCUGCCGCCGCGCGUAAAUAAGAGCAACGCUAAACGCAGAAACAAAGGGAGAAGAAUAUCGACGACGGCAAAGUUUGGUGAACCGAGAAACUUUGACGAAGACGGCGUCGGCGGCGGCGACGGCGACAGGGAUUUUUAUAACAACAACAACAGGCGCCAACAACAUCAAAACAAUUCUUCUUGGAGAGAAGAUGGACGACGAACAAUGAGGGGAGGAGACAGAGGAGCCCGAGAAUUCGAUGGCAGACGCAAUGGGGACAGAGAUUUCAGGAGAGAUGACUUCGACAGAGGACGCGGAAGCGCGCGAUUCGGAGGAGGAGGACGAGGAGGAGGACGCAGAGGAGGAAGAAUCGGCGGCCGGGGAAGAGGUCGUUACGGGGAAGGACAACGAAGAGAUAGAAAUGAACAUUUUAGUAGCAAUAACAGAAGCAACUCGAGGGAAGGAAAUAUAAACCCAUUCAAAGUUAUGGUAGGCAACCUCUCCUACAGCACGACAGACGAGAGCUUAGGUCGAGCUAUGGAACGUUUUGGCUACGUCGCAAACGCUCGCGUCGUCUUGGACAGAGAAACCGGCCAAUCGAGAGGCUUUGGUUUCGUAACUUUUGAAGACGAGACAUCCUGCGCGGAAUGCGUAGAAAUUGGACCAGGGAUGCGAAUAGACGACCGCGAAGUUAAAGUAGAAGCGUCAAUUGACAAGAAUUACGUCCCAACACCUUCGUUUUCAAGCGCUACCAAUUCUCAGCGCAGGUAUAACAAUUUUGACGGCGACGACGACGACGACGACGACAAAGAAGAAGAAGAUGACAAGAAUCAUGCACACAACGACAGGUUCUCGGCACCCGCGAUGAUGCGUGUUCUCGAUCGACCGUCGCCUUCGUUCCUCAAUAGUGCUCGAGAAACGAGAAACCGAGGAGGUUUUGCCGCCGAUGACGCCGACGACGCCGACGAAGAAAGGUCCGCCAAUACCAACGCAAUGUCCGAGGAUGAAUUUGAAGAUUGGGUGCUAGAAGGAUUAGAAGACGAUCUUGUAGACUCAAGGCGACAAAAUAGAUCAGAUAAUGGGCCGUACGGUGACCAAAACGAUGAGGCGCGAGAAUAUGUGCCCACAUUACUCGCUAAAUACGUCGAAGAUGAUUUUGAGCCAGAAAUGUUUGUUCGAGAGCCGGACGACCCGGAUGAGUAUUUUUUCUACUCCGGUGCAAAGUUCAAAGAUAUUGGAGCUUCAGAAUUGAUCGUCAAUGCUCUCGAAAGCCGCAUGAACAUUUCACGUCCUUCACACAUACAAGCGCAAAGUUUCAAGAUACUCCUUCACGAUCAUAGUGACUCCUACGAUGAGGAGAGCUCUGUGGCAAAUGACGAUGAAGGUGCGAAUCAUGUUCUACUCGCCGACCAAGCAGGGAGUGGUAAAACGUUGAGCUACUUAUUACCACUUCUUCAAAGGUUAGAGCGGCUCGAACGAGAUUCUGGAAUGAGUGUUUCGAAGCGUCCACGCGCGCUCGUUUUAGUUCCAACUUCGGAAUUGGCGAGACAAGUAACUGAAGUUGUCAAAGAACUUUCGAAAGGUGGCGUCCGAACGAGAUCGAUGAUUGCGACUGGUGGUGCUUCUGAUAGAACAAAAAUUAACCGCGCAGAACAAUCAACUCGCGAUUUGACCGCGAAGUUUACGUUGACGCAAACAAAAACUUUAAAGAGUGGCGUUGACAUCGUAAUUGGAACUCCAGGACGCAUUCGGUACUUGUGUGAAACGGGUAGAAUGGAGUUGGAUGAUUUAGAUAGCAUUAUUUUGGAUGAAUGCGAUGUACUACUGGGAGAUGCGUUUGAAUUCGCGUCUCAAAUCAAACCGAUUAAAGAUCUUGCCAAUCCAACAAGUACGCGAUUCGUGUUGGUAACGGCAACGAUUCCCGAUCAAGUCUUGCGCGAACUUAAGCAGUUCUUUUACCCGCAAGAUAUUCGCGUUAUUCAGGGACCAGGAUUACAUCGCCCGUCUGCGGGUACGCUAGAGCGGCUCGUCGACUGCUCUGGUGGUGACGUCUCGGACGAACAAAGCGGGUUUUAUCGUAAAUAUGCCGCGCUCAUGAAAAUUUUGAGGGACGACAUACUCCCGUCUACCGCUGGAACUACUGCUAAAACGAGCAAGAAGAAAUCGGCGUCGCGAACGUUACUGUUUUGCAAUAAGAUUGAAACCUGCCGUAAGUUGGAAAAUCUACUCAUCCGAAGCGACCCAGACGGUGCCAGUUACAAAGUGCUACCCUAUCACGCCGCGUUGAGCCGCGAGAAAAGGGACGAGAAUCUACGCAAAUUUCUCGGGCGAAGAAGUUCGAGCGAAAAACAGCGAGGCGAGUUUACCGUCGACGACGACGACUCAACGCCGCAAUUAUUAAUUUGUACAGACAGAGCUUCUCGAGGAUUAGACGGUAAAAAAAUUAAGCACGUGGUAUUGUUUGAUUUCCCGCGCGAUCCAUCAGAGUACGUCAGGCGCGUUGGAAGAACUGCUCGCGGCGCGUUGGGAACUGGGACAGUGACGGCACUCGUAAUAGGGAGACAAUUAAAGUUGGCCAGAGAAAUCAUGCGACGAAACUCCAGAGGCGAUCCGGUUGAAGGUACGCCUACUACGACAUGA